GCUUCCUGCGAUUCCAUUGGCUACAAUCUGUCGAGGAUAAGGUUUCAUUGGUAAAGGGCGUGGGCAGUAAUGCACCAGAUCAGCAAGCGUACCCUCAAAACGAAACUCGCGUCCGUAUACACACCCACUUUUCCUUCCGAUUGUUGGCACCAUGACCUCGUCUCGACCGAAGAUCAUCCUCUUCAGCGGGGACCUCGCGGCUACGGAUUCCCCAGGUCAACCCAGCACCAACUACGCCGAGCUGGGCUACGACAUCAACACUAAAAAAGCAGCCGCCAAGAAGUUUGACGCGCAUGAUGACACCUCAGCGUUCCACCAGCAACACUACCAGCAAGCCCAGCCACCUCAGCAGCCGCCGCACAAACCAGGUCCUGACUACGUGAACCUCCAGGCAUUUGGCCAAGCUUAUGCUAUCGGCAGCAAGCACAUGAGUAUCGCGCAAUACAGGCGCGCCACCAAGCUGAUGGCGUACGGGGCUGCGGCGGGGAUUGUCUUGGGGGCGGUUCUCAUCAACUGGGGAAGCAUCAAUGAAGACUCUAGCAUUUCAGCAAAUGUCGGUCGAUGGAUCGGUCUUGUGGGCCGGCUGUACUUGCGCGCAGUGUUUUGCAUCGUGCUGCCCAUGGUGCUGGCGUCGAUGGCGCUGAGCAUUGCCGAGAUUAUGCGCAUCGGCAAGGGCGGGCGCAUCGCGUGGCGGGUGAUGGGGUACUUCCUGCUCACCAAAGUGUUUGCAGUGUGCAUUGGGCUCGCAAUGGCGCUUGCAUUCAAAAGCGAGUUCACGUCGCUGGCGGUCAAGGCUCAACCUACCCCCGGGCUCAUGUACCUCCGCUGCGGCCAGAGCGCCAACACGUACGUCGUGGCGUCGAGCACGGGCGCCGUGUCCUGCGAGAACAAGACCCUCGAGAACACUGCCAUGGCUACAUUCGUGGUCAAGGACACCAACAAUGUAUUUGCCCGCAACAUUGACCCGAACGCCGUGCCCUCCGUCAAGUUAGCCAAGUCCGUGCUGGCCCUAACCAACGACAUCAUUCCCGACAACGUCGUGCGCGCGAUGGUGUCGACCAACAUCCUGAGCAUCGCCACGUUCGCCAUGAUCUUUGGCGCCGCCGUGUGCAAAAACUAUCGCCAAAACUCGACCGGUACCCACUACGUCAUGGACAUUCUACGCCAAGUCCACUUUGUGUGCGAACUGUUUGCCGAGUGGCUGCUCGUGCUGUCCCCGUUGCCGUUGUGCUUGCUCAUCGCGAGCGCCGCCGCGAUGGGUCAGUCUAACGCGCAAGUGAACUUUGCAUCGUCGUGCGUUUACUUUGUCAUUGCGUACUUGUCGGCGGUGGCCAUCUACUCGGGCCUUGUCCUGCCGCUGCUCCUGUACGCCGCGACCAAGACCAAUCCGUACGUGUACUUGUCGGCGAUCGUGCCGGCGCAGGUGUUUGCCUUCAGCUGCUCGUCGUCGUCCGCCACCAUUCCGUUUACGAUGCGGUGCGUGGAAUCGUCGCUCCAAGUCAGCUCUUCGCUCAACCGGUUUGUGGUGACGUUGGGGGCCCCGUUGAACAAGGACGGCACGGCCAUCUACCUCCCCCUGGCGAUCGUGUUCCUCGCCAAGGUGUCGAAUAUCACGAUCGACGGCGCUAGCUACCCGCUCAUCCUGGUCCUGAGCAUCCUCGCGUCCGUGGUGACGCUGCCAGUGCCCAACGCGGCGCCAGUGACGCUGUAUGGCAUUUGGGCCGCCGUCCAAUCGGAAAACUUCCCCGCCGCCGUUUCGUUCUUGACUGGCAUCAAUUGGCUCAUGGAUCGACUGACCACCGUCGUCAACGUCACGGGGGACGCGGUCGUGGCCAGAAUCGUCGCGCACCAUGUCGACGAAAUGGCCGUGUCUGACAGCGACACGGCGUGUCAGACUUUGUAUUAACAAUGUAGGUAGGACGAAGUAGCGAUGGAGUUGCACACAAGUGCCAGAGCUUCGCAGAUUUAUCAAGCCCUUUUACGUGGUCAUGUCGAGGCGUAUUUGAGGCGUAGUUGUUGUAGUAUGUUAUGAUCGCCAUUACAUGGAGAAUCACUGCGCAGCCCUCAACGCAAUAAUACUUCAUGUAAAAAAUAACGUGUUUACGGAAUAAAAACGACACUUUGACGAAAAACGUAAUCAAUUUCAUGUGCGUG